CAGAAGAUCCGAGACGCUUGCGCUAUCGCGGGGAGUCAUGGAUAUGACUACAUCUGGAUCAAUACUUGCCGCAUCGACAAGACCAGCAGCGCCGAGCUUUCCCAGGCCAUAACGUCGAUGUUCGACUGGUACAGACUGGCGGAUGUCUUUUACGCCUUCCUACAUGUUGUCCACGAUACGAGCGACUCUGCGGGACCGGGUCUCUCGCCCCAGAACUUCUUCGAGAGUUCAUGGUUCGAUCGCGGAUGGACCCUUCAGGAGCUAAUCGCACCCGAUAAUGUGGUCUUGCUAUCGAACACGUGGGGCGUUAUUGGGACCAAGUUCCAAUUCGCGAAGACGCUGGAGGAGAAGCUGAAGCUAGACGCAGGGGUUCUCAUGGGCACGAAACCGCUUUUCAGCGUGUCCGUUGCAGAGCGGAUGUUCUGGGCCUCUGCUCGGGAGACGACGGUGGUGGAAUACAAAGCUUACUGCCUCCUUGGUAUCUUCGGAGUUAGCCUUACACCUCGCUACGGAGAGUUACGGCCAUGCACCGAACGUUUGGCAGACUCGAUACCGUGCUCAUGA